UACAGAGAGUUUAGCGUGUGGAUGUAAAAGACCUGCAGCACAGUUUGGUCUGUACCUGGGUAAGUUUAGUUGAUGUAUCCACAAUGCAUGUGAGACAUGACCAACAGGGCCCCCUGGGAUAGCUCGAGCAGUAUGUGCAGCAUGGACCCAACAGCCGGCUGCUCCCCAACGGUUCCAGAGCCAGAGCUCUACCGCAGCAUCCAAGCUGUGCUACCAAGGGAAACGGACAAGCAGCAGCCUCCAGACUGCUUCAACAAAGGCAUGCUGAGAUGGACGCUUCACAAGAAGGUUCAAAACAAUCCUGGCAACAGCCUAUCUCUGGUGCGGGUGCUGAUAAAAGAGCUGGAGAAGGCUGAGAGAUGGGACUCUCGCAAAUGCAUCAUCCCUCUGCUCCACACACUGAUGUAUGCCAUCAUUCAGACAGCCUACAUUCCAGAUGAGCUGUACAAGCGGGUUUACGACUUUUGCAAGAGACUCCUGACCUACCCUCAUCCCUACUGCACCGUAGGCCUCAGCUACACGCGGCAAAUAAAAACUGAACGUUUCAUUCCAGGUCUAAUGUACCAGAGGAUGCUCACAGCAGAGCAGAGACUAAAAAAUGAGCACUAUCCCUUUCAGGAGAGGGUCUUUGUUCUGGCUGACCCAGAAGUCUUCUCUGGUUCUUUGGGAGAAGUCCUGUUGGGUGAUAUUGAGGCGUCGGCUUCAGCCUCAGCCGGAUAUCUGGAUUACAUGCGCAGUGUGGUCCAACACUCCUUACAGGCUGCUUUAGGAGCAGAGCAGUGCAAUGGGCAGAAGCUGGCUCAAGCCCUAAAGGACAUGGGUCAAGACGUUGAGCCGUACUUUCAGGAAGUGCUGGCGACUCUUGAGCAGAGCGCGGAGGAGGGCAGCAGAGGGGAGGGGCGAGCGCUGAGGGGCCGUCUACAGCAGCUGUACAGCGAGAUCGUCGCAGACACAGACUCAGCGCCAUUGUCCAGUGGACCACUGUGUGACUGCCCUCUUCCUAACCCAGAGAUGAGCUUCCACCUGUGGACGGAGGACCUGGAUAUCUGGCGAGAAGUGGCCAAGUGGUUCCGGUCCAGCUCCACGUCGGAGCAGUUCUCCCUCAGCCAGGAGCAGGAGGACUUUGAGCUGGGUGAGUCUCCCGGCGACCUGAUGCCGCCUGACAUGACUCGCUUCUCAGUCAUGUCCGACGACAGCGGCAUCGAAAGAGACCUGCCCCCUAGUGCUGAUCCCUCCUCAGUGUCAUCUGCGGAAACUGCCAGCGUGAGUUCAUCAUGGGAACAAUGCAAAAGUGAGCCAGAUCCAUCGAAGCUGUCACGGCGCGGAUGCAUCAAGGUGAAACCAUCUGUGAAAAGCAGUAUGGUGCUGAUGCAGGACACCCUGGAGGACCACGCCAGCCUCACAGGAGGAGGAGGAAAUGUAGGGAUGGGAGGAAGCCGAGGGGCGACUCUGCAGAGGCGGGCAGGGAGCAGCGCCCUGCAGAACUCCUUCCCCAAGCAGCAGAGACACUUUACUGCCCGGAUAGUUGUCAUGGGGGAUGACAGGGUACUGGGCCGUCUGGCCAAGGCCUACUACUUCUUUAGGAAAAGGGAAGCACGGAGGCUUUUUCUUACAAUGAAAGUCAACCUCCAGUUUUACUACAUCCCUGUUUGCGGGGCUACAACCCCCAUCUCUUCUGUCAAGGAAAACCUCCAUCAAUCCCAGGGGAAUCCCUGCGCUCUCGGUUCCUACUUGAGCAUGGUGGACCCGUGGUACAACUCUAACAUCAAGAGUUUAGGCUGCAUGAUACCCAAACUGGCUGAGAUGCAUAAGACUAACCCAGGGAGGCCAAAAGACCCCUUUGUCUCUGACGUCAUUUCCUACUACGUUCGCACCGGCCAGCAGCCUGUCUACUUCACCAUCUACUUUGUUAAGAUCACAUUCAACAGCAUGACAAAGGAGCCUGUGGAUGAUGUGUUUCUUACCCACCUACAAGUGGAGUUUCCUGAGUUCAGACACAUCUCAGAGUCAAUUAGAGAUAAACAGAAGAAGAGCUCGGAGGUAUGCGGAGCUGUUAUCUCAAUGAAUUACAGAAGGGUAACAUUAAGUGGCCGAGACAUUGACAAAGGAAUCUCAGUCAGGACAUCAGGUGCUCAGAUCAACGCCGUUCCCUCUAAUGAAGCAGAAGAUCUGAACUGUUUGACUCUGACAUUGAAUGAACCUCCAACAAAAAAUAAAAACAACACUGUGGAGUCAAAGAUUCGGAGCAGCAACAUUAAGAUUCGCACUUUGGAGAGUCGAUCUUUCGCUGUUACUCUGGACAGAGAUUGUCGCAGGACCUACAGAAAUGUGCAGAGCAUCGAGAUCUCUCCGUGUCUUGAUCCCGGAUACUGUGUCCAGAAAACCAUGCGGUCCAAAUUCAAGUUGGGAGAGGACAAAGACGCUGGACUGAGCAAAUACAUGAACAAAGGACUUCCUCUGCCAAUCAACACAUUUGCUGGCAUCAUCACCUGACCUGAUGGAGUAACCCCGCAGAGAAGCUUGAGAAUUAAGACCAUCCAUGCCAAAGUUUUGAUGGAGGGAGUGGUUGUUGCUUCAAAAAGUCCAGUCUGACACACGGAAAGACAAGAGGUUUCACCUUUGAGUCAUACUGAGCUGCUCCUGAAACCAAAAUACUUCACCUCAGUCAGUCAGGACUGACUGCCAUGUGUGGAAAGAGACAAUGAGUCAAAAAUUACUUGAGGCCAAAGGCAAUAGUGCUUGUGUGACUUCUGGCAGUCGGAUGGAAUAACCAGUCUGCGUCUUUUAUGUAACAGGAACAAAAUGUUUUUACACUGCACAGUACGAUUGAACUCCUAACAAUGGAACAACUGUACAUGCUUUGAGACUGUCAGUAAAUACAUGCAGAUAGGGAUAAUGCCAAAGGACAACCUGUUACAGCGGGAGACAGGCAGAGGCUGGCAGGGAAAAACAAGUAAGCAAAGGUACAGUAUGUACAUUCAAGAUUUCAGGAAAGCUGACAAUUGGAUCACUAAUCUUAUGACAUUAUCAUAAAAGCUUCACAGGCAAUGUGGAAAAUCUGAUUUGAAGGGUCAGUUGUAACAGACACACUACCUUUUUCUGCGUCCUUCACACACACACACACACACACACACACACACACUCCCCUGUUCGGUCAGCUCUGUCAGAUAGUUGAAAGAUUGGUACGAUGACAGCUGACAGUUCACUGUUGCCUUUGUCUUUGCUGAUUCAUGCAAAAAAAAAUUCCUGUGUAUUUCCUGCACCUGUUACAUAAUGAGCAACGAUUGAUAUUAGCCUGGCGUUUGGAAAAUGUUCCGGAAAGUUUUUACAACCACACUAUGUUCAUUGCAGAAGCGAGAGACACAUGCAAUGUCAGGAAUUACUACAGAACAGAAGCGACUUUAGUCUUUUACUGUAAUGGACAGACACGUGGAUCAUGCACAGAUCGAGCUACAUAUAAAGUAGCUUGAGGCUUUGUCCUUGGCGCCACUGUCUACUGUACAGAUAUGCAUGAUCACGUGUUGCAUACUUGAUUGUAUGCAAGACAAAAAGUAAAACUUGGUGACACUCAAAAGUGAAACGUGCACACAUUGACUGUAUCAGCCUUGAGGUGUGAAAAUCGCCUCUGACACUGUUAUUUGUUACAGUGAGAAAUGAUAAGCUUCGUCCAUUUGCACUAAGGCUGCAGGGGCUUUUUAUCGGUUACUUGUGGGAGUGGAGCGACAGUGCAGUGUCACGCAUGUUGUAAGACUUACAUGUGUAGUUUUGUCUUUACAAGUCAUAUGAUAUCCUCAAAGUUAUGGAGGGCCAGUCAAGAUAUAACACAAGUAUUAGUUCAGUUGUUAUUCAUGAGGAAGAUGAAAGCAUUUUUUUCAGUGCUUCACAACUACAUUCUGUGUAAUAUCCAUAUUAUAGGAUUACACACUCAAGAACAGCUCAGCAGCCUAUUAUUGAUGCACUCCCACAAGUAUGAUCUCAGGCAGUAAAAGUCAGGAACUGGAAGUGAUGCGUUAUUGGUGCACAGCAUAAAAUCAUGUGAGUGUGUGUGUCUGCUGGCUCGGCAGGGUAAACUCAUGAGUUUGAAAGUCAUGAUAAAUUUUGCACAUUAUAUUCAUAUAUAUAAAGAUGAUACCAUUGAGCAAAGCAUAAUUCUGUAAAUAAAUGAUUUUGUUUUGUAAAAACAGCGGUUGUGUUUUAUAAUAAACGUGGUAACUGUC